AUGUCUAUCCCUCGGGCUACUUACGACCCCCGCCGCGUGUUCCGCUUCGCGCUGCCCAAGCUCGACAUCGGGCCCAAGGCUCGCGAGGUGGGCACGUACAUCUCUGGUGCACUGUUCACCGCCUCGUACUUCCUCAUGAUUGAUGCGGGCACACUGUCCAAGUACGGCAAGAUCCCGUCCGAUAACGAGGUGCACAUUGCAUUUGUGGACUGGGUGCCUGCGAUCUGCUCGACGCUCGGCUUCCUCGUCACCUCGAUGCUCGACAAAACCCACCUUCGCAGCGCGUUUAGCGGAGACUCGUGGGGCACCGACGGGCCGGCGGCGUACCGCGCCCGCAUUGUCCUCUUCAUCGGCGUCGCGCUUAUGGCUGGCGGUCUCGCCGGCAGUCUGACAGUGCUCAUCCUCAAGUACCUUCAGUCGAAUCCGGACUACAUCUACUUUGGCAUUGCGAAUGUCGGGAUGAACGCGGGCGUCAUGCUGUCCGCCAUGGUCCUCUGGGUGUCGCAGAGCGGCAGCGACGAGUACGAGUACCAGCUUACAGUCUAG